AUGGAACCAUCACCGGAGCCUCUUCGGUCAGCCAUAGCCAUGGAGUCUACCUCUACGUCUGCCUCCGCCUGUGCGUCGGGGUCAACCUCAGCGACCACCGUUGACCCUCCGCCCGCCUCUAUUGCCACGGCUCACCUGGCAAGAUUUGAAUUUAGCGAUUUGGGCACCAAGAUUCUCAUGGUUGAGUGGCAUCCAGGCACCACCACUAAUACCACCACCUUCUCCUCCGCCGAUGCUGGCGCUGAUACUGCUGCUGGUGCCGAUGCUGUCCCCACCGCCAGCAACAACAAGGUCGCCACAUAUGCACCCUCCAACGAAUUGGCCCCCAAGCCAAACACAGUUGCCGCUCCAGAGACCGGAGCUCAAACCACCAGUCCCCAUCAACCCAUCCCAGAUGCUUCCGUUUGGGAAGUUUCAUGGCCAGGAAAGUCUACAUAUCUUCCAGCCAGAGACACGGACCAAGAUGAGGCCGGCACCCGGCGCCGUGUAUACUUUCUGCUACCACCAGAGGCGGCUAUUCCCACAAACGUGACCAUCACGCCACCUGGACGACCAAGUAUCGUCGUCAAACCUCUACCUGCUAUAUUCCCUCCUGGAUUCGAUGUUGAGCCCGGCACCCGCGGCGUCUUGCACACCCUAUGGGCAAAGAAGCGACUAUCAGAGCUCCAAUGUGAGAUGGACGCCGAGAUGCGGGCCAAUGCCGAAAGUGUUGGCCUCGAAAUGGCUCUGACUGAGAAACAAUGGAUCAUUGAAAACUUCCUCCCUCCACCAGUGGUACCAGCACCAAUGUCUCCUCGAUCACCUGUUCCUGGCCGAUUGGGAGAUAAGCUCAAAGGCCUCCGUUUGGCGACGUCGCCGGAAGAUUUGAUGCCCAGCCCUACAGCAAAUACGUUUACUGGCGUCGACGUUCCAUCCCAGACGUUAUCACCACUAGGCGGGGACAUUGCCGUGUCCUCCUUUUCUGCAAUUCCUCGUCCCCAUGGCCGCACCGAGUCCGUAUCUCUGAACGCCGUUAUGAAAGGUGAUCCGGCACCCAUCAACCCCAGUUCCCGUGAUGGCGAAGAUGACCUCUUCGCCUUGCCACUCAGCCCUCGGAGUCCAGAUAUGAAACGCGGCCCGUUCAGUGCCCUCUCAUGA